AUGGAUAUUAAUUUCCAAUUGAUUCAAACUAUUACAAACAAUUUUGCAGAGGAUCAGAAGGUUGGCAGCGGUGGGUUCGGAGAUGUUUACAGGGCAAUUUAUAAAGGGGAAGAGAUUGCCGUGAAGAAGUUUCACCCCUUGCAUGGACUCGAUGAUAAGCAAUUCGCCAUCGAGUUCUGCAACCUUAGUAAGGUACGCCAUCAAAAUGUGGUGCGGCUAAUUGGCUACUGCUACGAGUCUCGGCACAAAUACAUGGAGCUCAAGGGGGAGCUUGUUUUCGGACAAACGGUGGAGCGAGUGCUCUGCUUCGAAUAUAUGCAAGGCGGAAGCCUCGAUAAACACAUAAAAGAUGAAUCUUGUGGACUUGAGUGGCCCACAUGUUACAAGAUUAUCAAAGGGACUGGUGAGGGACUGAAUUACCUGCACAGCUUGCAGGGAAAUCCUAUUUUCCAUCUGAACUUAAAGCCUGGUAAUAUUUUGCUGGAUAGAAGUAUGACGCCCAAAAUUGCAAAUCUUGUUUUUUCAAGACCUGUUGCUUCAACAGAUAAUCACGACAGAACACUUGGGUUCAUGCCACCGGAGUUCGUUGAUGGUGGCGAUAUAUCAAACAAGUUUGACGUGUUCAGUUUGGGCGUCAUAAUGAUAAAAAUACUCGCUGGAAAUAACGGCUAUUACAGAUGUUCUAAGAUGUCCCCCGAACAGUUUUUUGAGCUUGUAACUCAAAACUGGACGAAAAGGUUGCAGACAAUGAUGAGCUAUGCAUCACUCAAAGAGGACAUCCUACGAGUGAGGACGUGUGUUGAGAUUGCAUUAAAGUGUGUCGCCAUGGACCAAAAUAAAAGGCCUACCGUGAAGGAAAUUGUUCAUGAACUGGAGGAAGUCGAAGCCAAUAUCACAAUAAUGUCACAGCUAACUGUGCAGAUAGUAACAUAG